AUGAACAUCAUUUCAAUAUCUGCUUUGCUUUUUUCCAUCUGCCAAUUGGUCCGGAGCGCCUCAAACUGCAUUGAAUUGAUGAGUGGAAACAGUUUUGGUCUCUUCUGUCCCUCCUACUCCGGCUCCCUUCCCCUCGAUAUUCCGACCGGGAAGCGAUACUCAAAGCUCCAGAUUGAGUCUGCGAAUUUCCCCUACGGAGGUGCAGUUCUCUCCAAGGUAAACUUCACCAGCCUUGAGAGUCUUACCUACUUGCGUAUUACGUCUUCCGGCAUUGAGAGGAUUGAUCCCGACGCAUUUUUCAAUCUCAAACAACUUACGCAUCUUGAUCUAUCCAAGAAUCGCCUCACCUUCAUCGAACCUGGCACAUUUAGGGGACUGAAGCUGAAAAAGCUCAUUCUCUCGGGCAACAGUGGCUUGAAGCUGUCAUCUUCAGCUUUUUCUGGAGCAAAAAUAUUCAACUUUGUCGCCAAAGACUGCAAUUUUCAUUCCAUUUCCUUUACCCUCUUCAAACAAAGUGGUACGCGGCAUAUCAGUCUUGUAAACAACAGAAUUCGUACGCUAUCAGAGGAAUUCUCCGUUCUCAUCAUACCGUCGGAUGGAAGUUGGGGUUCAGUCGAUCUGUCCAACAACAGCCUAGUUUGUGAUUGUGGUCUUCUCUGGCUAGCCCAGCUCCUUGAUAAACAACGUAGAUAUAUGGAUGAUGCUUCUUCUGAACUCGUCAGCGUACGCUCUCCCAGAUAUCCUCGUGAAACGACAGAAGAGGAAGUGUUCAAACCAAUGUAUCGGUUAAAUCUUACCUGUUCAGCACCGAAACACCUUGUGCAGCAGCGAUUUCCUCUUCCUGGUGAAUUUGAUUGCCCUGCACCUCAAGUAACUGGAAUAGAUAUUGCCAUAAUUGGAAAAUUGAUGGAGACGGUUCAGCUGACAUGCCACGCUAGAGGACGCCCAAUGCCAAACGUUGCUUGGGCAUUCCAACAGCACAACCAGGAAGUGCAUCGAAUUGUAAAGUCUCCCACACAGCUGCCUCCGUGGGGCGGUGAUCAGAUGAUGGAUGUGUCGAUUGGGCUAAAUGUGAGUUUGCGGGAGUUUCAAGCACGCGAUUUCUCAUGCAUAGCCUGGUCUGACUUAGGACUAAACAAGCCAGUACAGGUUUCACCCUCACAGGAUAACUGGCUCAACGAAAGUCCCAGCUCCUCAUCUUCUAUUGUACCACGAGGUCCUCUUCCCCCGGAGAAGGCUCAUCGAGUCGGUGUUCGUUUAAGCGGUUUACACAUUGACAACCAUGAAGGUCUCGCUGAACUGUUGCAAGGAUCGACAACUAACGAUUCGGCGUUCGAUAGAAGCGGUGAGUUAUCGGCCAAAGGUUCUACCGACUUCAGUCCAUACCAACAAUUAUUUAUUCGUCGCUUCACUCCACUGGAUCUCAUAGGCGCCAUCAUUGGAACCUUUAUAACCACUCUGAUUCUACUAUGCAUAAUCACCAGAUGCGUUCCGCACUGUUAUCGCAGAAAAUCCCACCCAUCCAAACACAUUCUAUUACAGUAUGAAAGGAAGCAGGUAUUGACGCCCUUUUUGAAGGAAGAAAACAAAAAUGAGUCAGACAUUGUAGAGCAAAACAAAGGUCAACCUCAGCAACAACAACAGCAGCAACGACAAGAGCAACAGUCGGCGUAUUUUGGUGAGGCAGCAACCACAGUUGGUUCGGGAUCUGGCCCGGCAUAUUGGCCAGUGCAGGACUACGCCUACUCCACCCACGAGUACGACGUGCCGGGGAUGACGGAUCCACUGGCCGGAGCCAUGCCUCUCUCCCCCCACCCAAUGAUGGGAAUGUCCAACGCUACGGGCACCCUGGUGCGACGAGGGCGGCCUAUGUCUACUGCAAGUCUGCACCCGAGUGCUAUUCAGACCCCCUAUCUCUUUCCCAAAGCAGCCACCUCAACCACAGGUCUCAUUCUGCCUCCUGUGGCCACAGUCCCACCCCUAGGAGUCGUCGCCUCUCCCUUCCUCUCCUACGCCACUGUACCUCAACCACCCUUGCCGAGUCAACAGCCCCCUGUCUACUUCGGCCAUAAUCACCAGCUCUCACUAAGUGCACUGCCCAACGGCCAACUGGUAAUGACGCCUACAAUGAGUCGCAACGUGAACGGUGCAGCAUCGCAGCAGUUUGAGGAGCCCGAGGCGUGCGUAGAGAGCAGCGUGACCAGUUGCAACUCCGAGAAGAGUGCGACUGAGCGUCUCAUCGGGGCAUCAGGGGGAGUGCCGCCGACGCAGCAGCACAAGUGA